AUGAAAGUUGAAUUAACUAUUGAAAAAAAUGUUAUUCUAAAACGUGAUAAACCUUGGUCACGUUUUUAUUUUCUUAAUGAUAAUGAACUUUUAUGUUCAAAUGAACACAAAAAAUUCGAAUUAGUUAAUUCAUCUAAUGGUAAAAUUGAACAUAUAUCAAAUAAAACAAUAUCACAUAUUUCAAAAUCAUCUCUUUCUCAUUGUCUAUCAAAUAAUGGUCAAUUAUGUGCAUUUCUUGCAUCAAAUUAUGAAAUAACAAUUUGGGAUAAAGAUAAAUUAAUUCGAACAAUACCGCCAUGUCCAUUAGCUAUAAAAGCAAUUAAAACGACACCACAAAUUUAUAUAAGUAAUAAUGGCGAACAAGCUAUUCUUAUAUUACAACAACCAUAUCGAUUAUUUCUAUGGCUUAAAUUAUCUCAUUCUCAAUUAAUAUCUAUAAAACGGCAUCAUAAAUCUCCAAUAUGUUCAAGUAUAGCGAGUCAUCCGACAGGUGAAAUAGGUACUUGGCAUGAAUUAAAUUUAGCAAAUCAACAGUUCGAUAUAAUGAAUGAUGAUCAACAUGAAAUAUCAAUUGAUUGUUUUUUUCGUUCCAAAAAUUCUUCAAUUAUUUGUGCAUUUGCUUAUUUUGAUACAUCAGGUUAUAUUCAAAUAAAUCGUAUUGAUAUUAAUUGGAAAUCAACAAUUUAUUCAGAACAAUUAAUAUCAUAUUCGUUUGAAAUUCUUCAAAUACCAAUUAUGUUAUCAUCAUUAUCAUCAUCAUUAUGUUUUAUACAUUUUGCUCAUACAUCACCUAUAUUAGCUAUUGGUUUAUCAACAAAUAUUCUCUUAAUUUCAUUAACAACAAUUAUAUUUUCAAAAUUAAUACCAAUUGAUUGUUCAUUUAAAACAUCAUCACCAAGUCAUCAACAAGUAUUUAUAAAUGAUUUAAUAUGGAGUUAUGAUGAUCAAUUUAUAAUUGGUUUAACUAAUCGUGGUGCUUUAUUUUUUCUUAAUCGUUUUGGUUCACAAUUAAAUUUAAUAACACAAGGUGAAUGUAUAACACAAGGUCCAUCAUUAUUUGUUAUUAUUCAUCCAUUAAUUGGAAAGGAUAGUGAAGCAACAACACAUUUAGGUUUAGAUUCAUUUAUGAAAUCAAUAGCACCAUUUUCAGAUGAUGAUAAAACUAAACAACAAAAAUUUUCUUUAGCUGUUAAUACAAAUAAAUCAUUGAUUUAUUGCAGUGAUGGGUAUCGAUUAGCACGUUUAACUUAUUCAAAUAAAAUCCGUGAUAGAAGAUUUUAUGAUCCAUUACUUAGUCUCUAUUUAAUGGAUGUAAAUAAACAACAAGAUCAUUCAGUUUUUAUACAUAAAGCAAGAUCAUUUGAUGAAUUUCCAAAAGUUGGUGAUCGUAUUGAUACAGAAAGUAUUGGUGGUGGUGGUGAAGUAAAUAUGUCAAAAAAAUAUGGAAGUUUAACAUCAUUAGCAAUUGAUGAUUUACCUGAACUUUCAUUAGAUGACAUUUUUUCUGCUUAUCAUCUUCUUUUAACAUCAUCGGAACGUGUUCAACAUGAAAUAUGUUCAUGUCUUGAACGAACAACACAAACAAUACUUCUAGCACAGAAUAAUGAAGACAUUCUUACGUCAAUACAAUUAUCACAUUGUUUAACUGAUCUUGUUUUAUCAUCUUCAUUUGGUUCAUUAACAUUUUUACAUAUUUCAUGUUUAACAAAAUUUAUACCAUUAUUUAUUGAUGUAUUUAAACAACAGACAACUGUUGUAAAUGAUCCAGAAUUAUUAGAAUUAUGUAUUUUAUAUAUUGUUGAACAGUGGCUACAAGCUAUUUUAUAUAUACCAACGAAAUUAAAUACAUUUGAAUUAUGUCGAAGACAAAAAGUAGUUGAAUAUAAUGAAGGAGAAGAAGAACAAGAAGAAGAAGAUGAAAAAAAUUUUCGACUUUGUAAAGGAAUUAAACAAUUAGGAUUAUUACAAGGAACAAAUAUUAAUUUAGAUAAUUUUUUACCAUCUUCAUUACCUAAUCGACGGCAAGGUUUACAGGCAAAUGAUUCACAUUAUAAUCGUUUUACUCUUCUUCGUUCAUGGUAUAAAUUAUGGUUAACAAUAGAAAAAAAAUUUUAUCUUGAUGUAAAAAAUUUACCAAAAUAUUUAACAACAAUUCGUCUUUUCAUUCAAUCAAUAUUACAAUCAUAUCCAUCAUUAAAUGCUAUUCGUCUAUUACCAUAUGGUCAACAAAUUGAUUUAAAUGAUCUUUUUCCACCAGCAAUAGCACCUGUUGAUCAUCCGUUACAUACAAAAGGUUAUUCAGGAUUAAAUGAACGUCGAAAACAACGUCGUCGAUCACGUAAUUCAAUUGAUAUGCCAAAUUCUGUACGUACAUAUCGUCGUGGAAAACCACCAACUGAAGCACGUAAAGCUCUUGCACUUCAUCGUGUACUUUAUGCAUUACUUGAACAAUAUAAUAUUCGUGAUGCUGUAUGCAUACUUAAUGUUGCUUUAAAACGUGAAACAUCACUUUUAUCAUCAUGUCUUCCAAUUGAUUUAUUUAGUUCCAAUUUAUUUCAACAUAUUGAUACUCGAACUUAUUUUGGUAUGCCUGGUAAUGCUUUACGUUCUGUUUUACGUACUUUAGCUCGUUUUAUGGCUCGAUCAAUGAUAACAACGGAUAAUAAUGACGAACAAUAUCAUCAGCAAUUAUUUAUUUAUUCAGUUGAUUCAGCAUGUCCAUUACCAAAUUUAUUUAAAACAAAACAAAAAGUCAAUGAACAAAUAAAACAUCGAAUGAUUUAUAUUGAUCGAAAUCGUUUAAAUUUAGCUAUUCAACAACAAAAAAUGAGUAAAUUUUGGCAACCAUUAAAAGUACUUGAAUUAUUUAUACUUGGUCAAUCACCAAAUGAAGCUGUAUUAUUUUCUAAACUAGUUGGUGAUUGGCGAACAGCUUUAUGCUUAGCUUCUGUAUUACCACCACAUAAUGGAUUAUAUGAUACAUCUAAAACAACGAAACAAACAUCUCCAUCAUAUUCACCUUUAAAUACAAUAACAGUUGAUGCAUUACUUUAUACAAAACUAUGUGAAUAUCUUCAAAUAGAUAAUCUUAAAUCUGUACUUAAACGUACUUACAAACAAGAUGAUAUAAUGUCAUUUAUUAAAAAUUUAUCUUCAACAUUAGAACAAUUUCUUCAAUGUGCAACACUCUUACAAGUACCAUUAACUGAAAUGUUAUUAAGACGUUUAAAUGCAAUUAUGAUUUAUUUAUUUACAUUAAUACCAGUAUUAAUAUCAUCAAAAUAUUAUUUACCAUGUCCACCAAUAUAUUCUUCAAUAUUAAAUACAUAUGAUGAUGAUAAAUAUGAUAUAACAUGUAAAUAUGAAACACAUAUACGUUUAAUUUAUUAUCGUACAAUACAUAUAUUUAUACAAAUAUUAUCAGCUAGUCGAAUACAAUUAUCAUGUCUUAAAUGGUAUUUAGAUUAUUUAACAAUGACAAAUAAUAGACGUAAACAAACAAAAAAUGAAACAAAUGAUAGUUUUUAUUCAAUUAAAGCUUUACUUAAAUCAUUACGUUUUCAUAAAUUACCAAAUAUACCUGAUCGAAUAUUAAUUUAUUUUCGUGAUUUUUGUAUUAUUUUAUUUUUAUUAGAUACUCGUGAUCGUUUAUCACUUACUUUACGUAAUUAUUUACGUUAUAAAAUUGAAUUAACAAAUCCAUCUGAUAAACUUUCAUGGAAAAUUAUUAGUUAUGCAACAAUACUUCUUUCAUUUCGUUGUUUAAUAUCAGAUGAAAUGGAUUUAUUACGUAUUGUACUAAAUCUUUUUUUUGAUUUAACACCAUCAGAACAGCUCAUGAGAGCAUUUGCUACAUUAAUUAUAGCACGACAACAUCAAGAUAAUGAUACAGAUAAUAAUGAUGAAAUUACAUUAAUUAUUGAUAAAUUGAAAGCAAAAUGGAUGCAAAUUAAUCCAACUUAUAUUCAAUUAUAUGAAGGAUUCUUAGAAACAAUUAUUCUACAAGAUGUUCAAGGAGAUAUUAUUCAACAUUAUAUGAAUGAUAUACAUGAUCAUCAUAAUCAAGAACCACUAUUUGAUUUUAAACCUAAAUGGUUUGAAACAUGUGUUGAAUAUGGUGAAUUUAUGACAAUGCUUAUACCACUUCUUCUUGAUACAUCAUCAUUAACUAAUACAAAACAACAAGAAUUAAAUAAUGAUCAUACUAAAUUUGAUAGUAAAUCAAUUCCCUUAUUACAAACAAUGAGUACACAAUUACGUGAAUUAGAAUUACCAAUAAGUCUAGAUAAACGAUAUUUACUUAAACAAUCUCCACUUUUUGUUCCACCACAUGAAUAUAUCGUUUUUCCUGUACGUAUGGUACCUUAUGAUGCACAACAAACUAUGUUUCAACAAACACCAACAAGUAUAAAUAAUACUACUAUUGGAAGUUUUGUUAAUACAUCUUCAACACAACAACCACCUGGUGUUGUUAUUCUUGAAAAUCAUCAUCGACGUAAUUAUUCUAAUUCAGAUAGUAAUAAUAAUAAUAAUAAUAAUGCUGGAAAUCUAUCGAUGGAAUGGGACGGACGUUCAGAUGAUCCAUCACGAUCAUAUGUACGACAAUUUGAUGAACCAUAUGCUGAAGCAGCUCGACGUAGUAUUUGGAUGGUAGGUUGGGCUAAUCGUGAUUUUACAACAACUACUGAUCAAACACAAACAACUGGUAUGCGUAUUCCAGUAUCAGCACAAUUUCUUGCAUCAAGUUCAUUAGUUAGUGAUCCACAACAUUAUGAAACACUUGUGAAACAACAUUCACAACAAACGAAAUUGAAUAAUGAUCAAGCAGAUAAUGAUACUGAUUUAACAAAUGUAACGAAAGAUAGUGAAGAUGAUGAUGGAAGUCAUACACAAAGUGAUUUUCCAUCAAGUCCUCGUCGACGCGAUGUUUCAUUUCGAAGAAAUUCACUUGAAGAAAGUGUAUCAUUACCUGUGAUGAGUAAUGAUGGAGGUGGAGAUUUUGGUCGUAGUCAUGAUUUUCGUGCACCAUCACGUGAAACUGGUAUUGAUGAAACAUUAACUUGUGAUCCACGCGAUAUGCUAGCUGAUUAUAAAGACUCAACUGGCCAUCAACCUAGAUAUCAACAAAGAUCAAGUCCACCAUCACAUAUCUCACCAUCAACAACAAAUGGAUUUCAACGACAACAAUCACCUCAUUCAGUUCGACAAUCAAAUAGUGAUCGCCGUUUUCUUGAUGAUUCUGAUCCAUAUUUGCCUUUGAGACUCGAACAAGAAGAACGAGAGAAAUAUGCUAUGAGAGAUACUGACAGAACAAUAACUUCGAAACAAUCUCCUCUCGGUCACUAUCCAUCGUAUCGAGAGCCGUAUAGUCAUCAACCAACAUUUCAAGAUUCAAAUAGUCGUCGAUCUCCUACAAGAGAUCCACAUAGCCAUCGAUCUCCUACUAGAGAUGCAUAUAGUCAUCGAUCAUCUUCUCGAGAUCCACAACGUGAUCGUCAACAUCAUCAAUAUUUUCCACAAAUUCCAGUGCCACCAUCAUCAUAUGAUCAAGUUCGAGCACCAGCAACUAUUCAAUAUAUUCCUUCAAUACGUUUACCACUUCUUCAUCUCGGAGGUCCUGUAUACACUACUACAACUAUGUUAACACAAGCGCGAUUACCACCACCACCACCACCGCCGCCACCACCAGUUGCUGUUUAUCCUGCUAGACCAAUAUAUGUUCCAGCAGCACCACGUCCUCCUCUUCCAAUGCUUCACUUCGCUCCUCAACUUCCACCACCAGUAGCAAUUUCACCGCGAGCAACGCGCGCUGAUCAACAAAAGUUUUCCUGUGUGCAAAAUAUUAUGCAUCAAUAUGCCGAAAGCAAUCGACCUCGUCUUCAAUUAUUGCAAAUGCGUCCACCUCUUAAAACACUUAAUACUACUCAGAUAGAUGUACCAAUGCCUGCACCUAAUAUUGUUACUACAUCAUCGGAUACAAAAGUUGAUACAGGUAUACAAGUUGAAGUACCUCGACAAGAUGGUUUUGUUAUUGAGCCAGGUCUUUUUCAAGCAUUAUUGCGAGAUGCUACUGGUGUAAAUUUUACAUCAGCUGAAGCUCAUUUUUCUGCUGCUCGUCAAAUUCAACAACAAGCAAUAGAAGCUCGUCGCCGUGAACGAUCUACUAUGACUGAUUUACCGGCUCAUCAAAUUUUAUAUGACUUACAAUAUGCUCGCGGUGGUGAAGGUGAUGAACGAAAAUUUGUUAAUGUUACUGAUAUCGCUGGUCCACAUGCUGAUGCAUUACUAGCUCAAAUCAGACGAGAUCAAAUAGAACGAGAACAACUUCAUUUAAGUCAACAGCAACAGCAACAACAGCCACCACCAAUACCAAUGGUUACUAACAUUAAUGAAAUGCCAUCAACUUCUUAUCCAAUUGGCUUCGAACGACAACAUACGCAAAUAUUACAGCAACAACAAGAAUCUACGACUCAACCUUCAUAUCCAAACGGAUUUGAACGACAACCUUUAGGUUUUUAUAAUUCUGAUGAAUUGCAACAAAAAAGCGAACUUAUUUUACAACGUCGACGACAACGAGAACAAGAAGAAAAACAAGCCGAACAAAUUGCUUUUGGUAACAUCGAUGAUGAUCGUUCUAAACGGAGAGUUUCAUAUGAACCAUACGUACAAACAUAUGAACCAGAUGAACAUGACGUUCCUCUUGAAUAUCUAAUAAGGCAACCACGUCCCACAGAACCAAUUUCAGAUACAAGUUCACAUGUAGUAGAUCCUAUUUCAGUUCGUUCAACUACACCUCGUUCGCCACGUAAACCAGUUUCUAGUGAAUACCCGAUUUCAAUUAAGACUACUACACCUCGUGAUCCAUUUUCUCCACGUAAACAAGUUUCAAGUGAACAUCCUAUUUCAAUAAAAACUACUACACCUCGUGACCCAUUUUCACCACGUAAACAAGUUUCAAGUGAACAUCCUAUUUCAAUAAAAACUACCACACCUCGUGAUCCAUUUUCUCCACGUAAAACUGUUAGUCAUUCGUCAUAUUCAGCAACUGGUACGCCACGUAAAGCUGCAUCACCUACUAUUGCUGAUCGACACCGUGAAGCUCGUCAACGACAACAACAAUCAUUAUCACGUGCACGUGCUGAAAAUGCUCUUCGUUUUGCUGAUGCUGUUCUUCAUGGUGAACCUAUACCACCAACACGAGCUUUAGAAGAAUUUCAAAUUGAACCAUUAGAAACAAGUUUUACAUCAACUGUGCGUGAAAUGGCAGGUGCUGAUGGCAUUAUUAAUCGUACAUAUGAUCUUGAUUUUAAUGAUGAUGAUGAUGUUGAUAUAGGUGAUGAUUAUUCAGAACGAAUACCAUCAAGACCAAUGUCAGCUACAACAGCUAAUUUUAAUCAUAAUGCAACUCAAUAUUCAACAUCAUCGUCAGCGUUACCACGACCCUCAUCAGCAUCAUCAGCUAGAUCUUCUCGACCAAUGACACCAAUGGCAAAAGCUAUUAUUCAGGCUAAACAAAAAGGUCCACCACCAGCUCGUAGUAAUAUGGCAAGAAAACGACCACUUUCAUCUCCAGCUAAUCUUGGACAAAAACGAGGUUCAAUGACUGCUCCUGUGAAAAGCAGUCAAGCUCGAACAAAACUGGUACGAACCAUACGUAAAGCAUCACCACCUACUCAUAAACCAACGACAUACAAUCAACGUGUGCGUUCUUUAAAUAAGACAGACAGUGAAAUACGAACCAUGGUAAAACCAGAUUCAACUGAUCCUAAAGCACUUAUGCGUUUGUAUGGUACACGACGAGUACCAGGUCUUUAUGUACCUUAUGAAAAGACGGAACCACGAGUAACAAAAACUUAUUCAGAACGAAUGAAAGAAUUACAACGGCCUACAUCAGCUCAACCUCAAACACAACGACAAUCACAAAGACAACAAGAAGGAGAAUUUGAACAACGCCCAUCAAGUGCUCCGUCCAGCUCUGCGAGUUUGUCCGAUUGGGAAGUUGAUGAUCGUGUUAAACAAUUGUUGGCUGAUGAUCAAGAUACAUUACCUAAUAAAAAAUUUACUAAAACAGUAACACCAUUAGCUGAUCUUGAUGAACUUGAUGAUGAUAAUAUGGAUGAAACGACUUAUAGCUUGACUCGUGUAACUGAACAAACAAAUGAAAAUACUUAUGGUGAUGAUCUUCGAUUAGUACUAAAUCGACGAUCAAGCGCUUUGAAUACCAAUACUUAUGGUGGUACAAGAGUUAGUGCACGAAGUAGUGCUGGUGGUGACAUGACAGCACGUGAUGAAAGUGAAUUAUCAAGAGGUGACAGUAGUAUUAACAGCUACAUGGAUUGGAGUGCACUCGAUAGAGAAUUUCCGACAGGAACACAAUAA